CUAAUUAGAGUUUUGAUUUGCUUGUUAGUAAACUUCCAAUGAAUUAUGCUCCUUGGACUAGUAAUUAAAUUGACCAUUCAUCAAUUCGUUGAGGUUGAUCCCCUUUGAUUUGUUUUUUUUUUUAAUUUUUUUUCAAAUCAUCGAAUUACUAGGAGGGACUGGCAUUGGGUCCAGCUUCAUUAAACAAUUUAACACCCAUAAUAGUGGGCUUAUUGGGUUCCAAACCCAAUUUCUGCUCUCAGCUUGACUCUCUGUUUUAAAGACUUUCUUGUGUCUUAUAUAUUUUACCUUUCUCAUCUUCUCCCCCUUGGCGCUCUUCUGAAGAGAUUGCAGGCUGUGGCUUUAGGUGGUGCAGUAUAAGCUGAGAGCAAAUCGAACUAAAUUAAGCGCUCUCGCUUCAGAUGGAGGAAAAAUUGGAAAAUGACUACAAUGUGGAAAAAACGGAAAAUGUUCAGUUGAUGAGAUCUCAUUUGCAAUGGAGCCAAUGGCAGCUUCUUGACUCUAUACUUCCUACUGGUGGUUUUGCUCAUUCGUUUGGCCUUGAGGCAGCAAUUCAAGCUCAUUUGGUCUCUGGGCCUGAAGAUCUCCAAGCUUAUGUGAUACGUAUCCUGGAGAAUACAGGCAGUCUGCUUCUUCCUUUUGUAUACUCCAGCACUAUCUCACCCGAUAUGCAAACAUGGCACAAGCUUGAUAGAAUGCUCGAUGCAACCCUAACAAAUGAAGUUGGUCGCAAGGCGUCCGUAUCACAGGGGUCGGCACUUCUGAGAGUUGCAGCUGCGGUUUAUGUGGAAAUUCCUUCCCUCAAGUUAAUGAGGAGCACAGCUUUAAGUAGUGGGGCUGUAUCUUUCCACCAUGCACCUAUAUUUGGCCUUGUUUGCGGACUGCUUCAAAUCGACGCCAAAACUGCUCAGAAGGCUUACAUGUUCGUGACUAUGAGGGAUGUUAUAUCUGCUGCCACUAGGCUAAAUUUGGUUGGACCUAUGGGUGCUGCUGUCUUACAGCAUCAGGUUUCCUUUAUUGCGGAAGAUUUAACCAAGAAAUGGAUGAACCGUUCUGCUGAAGAAGCAUGUCAGACGAGUCCUUUGCUUGACACAGUGCAGGGUUGCCAUGCUUAUUUGUUUUCCAGACUCUUUUGUUCUUGAAUGGUUUAUUGAGUUUGGUUCUUCACCUUGCAAGCACUGCCCUUUGGUCCCAAUAGAACAAAACUGGAACCCAAGGCUCCAGGUGUUUGGUCCUCGAUGGGGGAUGCAAUUAUUGAUAUGAACACUGAUUGAGGUUUAAAUCACAUAGCUGUGACCUUUCCAUGACAGUUCCUGGGAGUUGCAGAAUGCUAUUGUUUUCUUCCAAGAGUCUUGUUAUUAGUUUGAUCAGGGUGAACCUUUCAACCUGUAAUUUAUGUGUUCUAUAUUUUCAAAUAUAUUCCUCUUGUAAAUUUGUUAAUAGAUCUUGGUCUAGGUGUGCUUCAAAAAGCAAAACAAUUGAAAUUAAUGUGCCUUGGUAGUGAAGCUUGACCUCAACUGAAGUUUGAUUGAAAGUGGUAUACCAUUCAUGUCUUGUAUUUGUGACUGUGUAAUUUCUUAUGCGUAUUCUUCUUGCACUAUAUAGUGAGAGAUAGUAUUACUGUUGGACUGAGAAGGACUCUUUCUACUAGCAACUGGGAUGUCAAGCCGAUUUAGGAUGCACCCCAAAGGGAUGACCCGGUUAUGACCCAGGUUCACUGACAGUCUGGUAUGGUAGGUUUCAAAGUUAAGGUUUCAUGCUCUGUAUUAUUCAGGGACUUGUCAUUCAAAUCGCUAAUUUAUAAGUUAUCUUGGGUGUUCAAAAUUAUCAUAUAUAGAUAUUGUUCAUUGGUAAAAGACUAAUUUGUAUCCUUGUGAUUUUCAAAUUUUUGUCAGCCUUGUAGAAAUUUUAAAAAUGUCAUUGUUGAUUCCAGGUUGUGGUAGACUUUCCUACUUUGGGACAGUGGGUCGCAUGACAAAGAUCUCCACAAUUUGAGAAUUCCAGGAAAGUUAGUGGACAGAGAGCCCUUCAACCUAGCUAGGUGAAUUUCAAUUAGUUUUUAUAAACGUCUUCCCCCCUUGGGUAUAAAGGAAGAAUGUUAUGCAACAAUUUAUUUCUACUUUGUUCUGAAGGUUACUGCAUAAUCUUUUUAUGUUUAAAUAGUCCAAAAUUAUCAAUUGUAGUUCGACUUUUUGCCUCUUGGAUUGCAAUCAGGAAAUUCACUUUAGUUUCUUUGCUUAGUGGCUGUAACGGAGAAUCAUGCCUAACCUUUGAUAUGCUAUAUAUCUCUGAUUCGUUUCCACCUGAAGUGAAUAUCUGUCUCCUAUUGUAAAAAUUCUAUAUUCCCUGGUAUAUUAAGAUUUUGUAAGUUUCUACAAAGUGAAUCCAUGUUUCUAAGUUUUUUGAGCUUUUAGAGCACGCAUGCCCCAAAUUAUGCUGGUUGGCUUACUGUCAAAUGUUUGAUUUUUCCCUUCUAAAGCUAUAAUGUGGACUUUUUACAAUGGUUUUUUGUUCUGUGGCUGUCAAAUAAAGAUCAUAUGUUGCUGUUGAUGUAUUGAGAAAAUAAAUUUGGCCUAUUGUUGAGUUGGCUUCAAACUCUGCGGAAUAAAAGUGGUUUGUUCAGCUUUGGACUCCUAAUAUUUACUUAAGAACUUCAUUUUGAUGAUGGUAGCCGGUAGGAAUCUGUGCAACUUGCUCUAUUUGGACCACUAUUUAUAUAAUCUGGUUAAGAUUUCAAUACAGUCAAUUUUUCUUUAGUAUGCAAACUUAGUGUAAUUUUUCUGAGUUAUUUGCAUUUGACAGUUACGUACUGUUUAAUGAUAGUAAGCCUGCAUGCAUGAGGGAGAUUUGCAGUGUGUGAUACUGAAACUUUCACAAGAUUUAUAGGCCUUUUUGCUCCUUCACUGGUGAUACAAAAGCAAUACUUUCACUAUAAACUGGAGCUAUUAUAAUUAGACUUCAGUUUUUUAUGGUUCAUUCUAUUGAGGUAUAAAGAAGUGGUUGAACUUAUAGGGUCAUAUGACAUGCUGUAUCGGAGUCCUGCUAUGUUAAGACUUCUUGUUUUAUCAAAGAAUUUCUCUUAAAAAAACAGAUUAGUGUUGAAUUGGCUUCAUUUCGCUAUCACUUUCGAUCUUGUUAAGAUAUUAUUCUAGUUAAUAGAUGUUGUUCUUUACAAUAAUACCGGCAUUUCCUUUCUUCCCUCCAAAAUAAAAGCACUGUCUCUGGGCUAAUAUUCACCCCAAGCUGCGGCCACUCAUCCUAGUAUUAUAUGAUAUCUCACAGGUUGAUAUGUUUGUACUGUUUUCUGAGGUAAACCUGAGUGUCUUGAGAUGUAUUGAGUGUUAUUUCAUGCUGACCCUCUGAUUGUUGAAAUCUACCUGUACCUAAUUAGAGGCAACCUUUUCAAAGUGCAAUGGUAACAACUAUCUUCAUCUGCAGCUAUCCUAUUCAUGGAAUUUCACUAGUGUAACUUCAGACAUGGCUAUGCUAAGAGCUGAUGUUCCUUUUAACAGAUACUCCCCAUAUGUUGCUGCCAUCAUUCAUGGAGUUUUCAUGAGUAAAUUUACUUUCAGUUUAUGAAGCCAGGGAAGGGGAAAAAAUAGAUGCCAAAAUAUGAUUUUGAGUUCAGUAUUGUUGAAACUCGAGGUUGCAUACAUUUCUGAUCAACAAUAGAACACAAUUGGAAAAAUGUCAAUCUGCUAAUCUGUUCUAAAUUACUAGUAUCCUUACACUUCAACUGUCUUUUGAUCAAGAGCAGUAUAUCUCCAUCGCUCUUUUUCGACAAAGUCAGCAUCCAGGAACUGGGCAAUGAAAGCCCACAACUUGUAUACGUCUUCAAAAUUGGCCAGGAAACUGAGUGCAAUGGUAACUACUGUUAUUCCUUGGUCAGUUUUUUUGCUCUUGCUUUUGGUCUUUUGUGUUUCUUUACCUUUUUUUAUCUCUAAGACUUUUUCCUUCUCCUGCUCGUGCUUGUCGGAGAAAAAAAUAUUUUGUAAAAACCCAGUGCUAAGAGAAAUGUUCUUCCGAUCUGCAAGUUUCUGUACCAGAGAGGGCUCUACCUUUUCUCCUUUCCAAUCAUAUAUGUUGAAUGAUAAUGCAGGCCCACGGUCAAAUUUUACCUUUGGUCCAUAGAUUCUUACCAGGGGAAAGUGAUCCAACCUGUUCGGAUGCUGAAGCUUCACCAAUGCACUAACUAACCAAUUAAUCAGGUAUCUUCUUCUGUUACUAAUCAGCAUUAGUCCCAGCGAAUCAAUGUGAUCCAAACACCUACAUUCUAUCAUCGCAUCUUCCUUGCUAGACUGUUCUGCACUUGUGUUAUGAUGUAAGCCAGUAGCACCGUCUGACUCUGAUUCUCCAGAAUAUUCCAGUACUCCCGCUUCUGAGGUACUGGUCAUGCCUUGCUUCAAAAACCUAUCAGUGCUCCUUGGCUUUUCACAUUUUGUUUGCUGAGCGCAUGUGUCCGUCUCUACUGCUUCCGCAUUUAACGAGGGUAUACUUUCUAGUGGUGUGUUUGAACCUGACGAGUCUUCUGCCAACAGAGAAAGUUUCUUUCCCGACAUGAGAUUUACUAUUCCAGCAUUUGUUGAAGCUUCAAGACUUUGUAUUGUUGAUCGCUUGACAAAGAGGCAUCCGAAUCCAGUAGGAUUUUCCCCAAUAACCUUAUAGAAUGAGCAGACGAGGAAAUCAGGGCGGAAGAGAGAGAGCCCUAGGCUAUCCAUGUCCUUUGGACCCAAUGCACAGCAGUCAAGCAAGACAUGCCAGCCAUUUUCUUGCGCAAGGCUCAUCCAUUGAUAAGAGUAACUGGCUCCUGUCAUUCUUGAUUGAAGGGGUAUGACAAACAGUCCCCUUGGUUUCUUCUUUUUGUUCUUCCUGGCAAUUGCUUUCCUGAGUUUCACGGAGUGAACUCUAAACCUGGGCCACUUGAACUCAGCUGACAUGAUCUUGGCUCCUCUUUUCUCUGAUGUGUUCACCAUGGUUUGCAGCGCCUCGCUAUCAUAGUCAUAGACUGUAAGUAGCUUUCGGCUUGAUUGAAAAGGGUACGCUUCUGCCACCAGUUUAAAAGCUGAUGAUUUAUUUGCUGUGAAUACCAUACUGUAAUCAUUCUGAGAAAUAUUGAGAAAUUCCAUGAUCCUGUUCCUGAUGGCAGAUUCCAAACCUGAUACUGGCCCGCCAUCAAGUAGUUGUGACUUGAGGUUCACUGAUUUGCAUGAUAAACUGAAAAAGGGUGAAUCCGGAAACCUCUCUGGUACUGUGGAAGAAGAUGAUUCAAUUGGGACUUGGGAUUGUGGAAUCUGAGAUUGAACUUGGGAGUAGGAAAAAAGACCAAUGCCGAUGUAAUCCAAACAGACAUGGCUGGAAAGGGAAAGAUGAUAAUAUUGUUGAGCACGUAUUUGGUCAACAGAGGAAGUCUCACUGUAUUUGGGAUAUGCUUUGGUGAAUUGGGCAAAUGACUCUAGCAAAGAAGGGAGAUUUUCAUGAUUGGUGAACUGGGUGUUUGGGAAGAAAGAGGAUGAAGUUAUGGCAGCAAAGCCUUGACGGCAAUUCGCGGAUGUGCUUUUGGGGUUGGAACCCAUCGUAGUAGCAGCGGCUUCAUCUUGCUCCCCUGCUUGGGAUAGAGGACUGGUGCAGCAACCAUACAGCCAUACUCGUUCUGGCGCCUUGGAGUAAGGCGAUAGCAUACUCUUCUUGAUAUAUGUUGCUCUUUACCUCCAAUAUUUGGCCUGCUUUUUUUUGUGUGCUUCCCCUGAUGUCAGAUUGUAGUUUCUUUAAUGGAGAUUGAUGCUUAAUAGUGAAGGAAAGUUAAAAUUUACAAAAGGGAGAGGGCUACAGAAAUGAUUUCUAACAGGAGCGUGUUCUUUUAUGAAAUGGAGGACCUUCAAUGAUGAGAGGGAGACAUUGCUUUAUCGGAUUGAGGGGAAGGAUUGACCUCUUCUUUUUUGAAUAUAAAUAUGAAACAAUCUAUUGUCAUCAAAACCUUUUUCUUUUUUAGCUUUUGUUGUUGCCCUUUUCACGUCCUUUAAUUUUGCUUUGACAUAUUUGAUAAAGUCGACUUAGCUUUCAAAACGUGUGGGGAAAGGCUAGCUAACAAUGACAAUUUGAG